UCAAAAAGCCGACGUGGACUCUGCUGCUGCCCCGUUUCAGCCCGUUUUUGCAACCUUAUAUUCCGACUGUUAUUCUUCCGGCUCGUGUUUCUCGGAUCUCGGGACAUAGUCACUCUCGGUGCGACGUGUGGGACUUGGAUUCGGGGAUUCAAUGGUAUCAUUGCAAAACUGAAGGCCUCCAGACAACGCCGGGCUUUCCAAUCAUCGUAGGGAAGUCACAUAGGUCUGGAGGUCCCCGUGCGUCGUCUAGGUCACAUCAACUGUGCCCACUAUCCACCACGGGGUAAUCAGGUUGUUGUUGUUGAUUCAAGGUUGGUAUCGUUCAACAACCCGCUAUGGCUUCGAUAUCUCUACCUCCACAGCCUCAAGCGACUCCGGCAUUCUCUCCAUACCUAUCCGCCACUGAUCGGUCUCCUAGCGGUCACACCCGCCGCAAUCUGAGAAUGUCUGCUCCGCUUCCCAAUCCACCAUUUGUCUUUCCAGCCCGGGAUCCUGGCGAUGCGACGCCUCAGUCUUCGGAGACUCGUACUAGGACGGCUCUGCCGCUUCCGGCCUUCUCUUUCAACCCGGGCGCUCAACAUUCAGCGCAACCAUCGAUGCCGACUCUAUCCCCCAAUAGGCCUGCUGGACACCGCCGGCGAUGCAGUGAGCUGGUCGGUGGAGAACGUCCGAUUAUACCCCCGGGAACUAUAGAGGCCACUCGAAGCAAUGAUGAAACCCCAGCACCACCACCGACCAAACUUCCCGCUCCGGGGCCCGGCUUUGGUGCAGGUGGGCGCCGCCAUGCUCACCGGCGCUCUGCUGCCAUUUCCAGUGUGGAUCUUACGGCCAUUUCAAAUGCUUUGGACUUAAAACCUUCCAUUGGGAGCGCGCCGUGUUUUCCGGCAGACACAAUGCGUGAGCACCAUGCUUCUGAUGAGCCCCCUAGACCCGUCUCUCAAUCAGCAGCCGUUCUCACUCGGCAAUCUCCCCCAGUGUCGCCCCGGAUUGUAAUUGAGGAAGAUCACUCAGAGCCUGAAACUCCAAGCAAUGUCACCACGCCCGAACGUCACUCUACUGAAACUUUAACGAAUGACUCUGGAUUUGUGGCCACUUCACAACCUGAUGCUUCCGCUAGAAAUAGCGGCUAUACCUGUUUUUCUCCUUCGGCCGACAAAGCACCACCCAUGGCCGAGAAGUCAAAGCCUAGACCACGAACCGCGGAUGCGUCAUUCAUGCUGGACCCGAGCAGGACUUCCAAACCGGACGAUGACUCGCCCACGAAACGGCCAUUGUCUGCGGCAGGACAUUCCCGGAAUCGGAAAAGCCUGUCUUCAGGGAUUCUCGAUCACUUCGCGGGCUCAUCUAGACGUUCUUCUUCCUCUUCCAGCGGCUCAGAAAGCAGCUCUGGAACCUCGGUGAGCGAGGCCACUGAUUCACCAGAGUCUCCAUCUGGCAAGAAGAGGUCAAAAGCCAAGAAGCGGCAGAAGAAAGUGCGUUCUUGGGCGGGCGCCUUCUUGACAAGGGGCAAAGGUAAACGCCAUUCAAAGAAGGAUAGAACAGAAGCAAAGGGUGCUAUUCCCCCUCCUGUUUUGACCCGGACAAAUUCAGAUCUUGGCUCGGGUUUGGAUGUUGACUUUGAUGAUGACAAUAUCGUUGUACUAAGGACACCGACUAAUCCGGGUACUCCGGAGUCCAGUCGCCUACCCGCAGAGGGCACACCACCUAGCCUGGAAACCUCCUGGAAGCCGAGGAGCUUUUACGAACAGAGUGUUCAAAAUGAUGUUCUCAGCCCAGUGAUUGAUCUGGAUGCAGCUUUGGGCCCUUUCAAUACCCCUGAGAUGCGCUCCGGUCGUGUUGCAGAGAGCGGUUUCUCAGCCGCGACCAAGCGGAUGUACAGUGGAGGACGCCGAGGUGAAUUUAUUGGUCCAGAAAUGCGCUAUCAUCGACGUGCAGAGAGCGCUCCUGAAAUGCCUCCAUUUGAUCGCAGCUGCCUUGGGAAUAACCGGUUUGUCACCAGCUCAACCCUGGAGAAUCCGGACGUUCUAUAUGAAGAAGAGGAGGAUGCUUUUCUGGCAGCCACAGGCGGGUCCCACCCGGGACCUAUUGAGCGCCCGCCGCCACAGGUGACUACGUCCAGCACAGCUGAUGCGGAUAGCCAAUCGGAGGAUAGCAAGGAUAGCUCAGAGACCCUCACACACCAGUCGCUCGCUCGUGAAAUCAGCGAAGAUGGGUUACUUCACGCUGGUCUCGGCAUACAGAAAGACGAAUCGAACGAUGCACCGGAUGAUACCACACCCUGUCUGGGCCAAGAGAAGCGCAACUCUGCUGAGCAGCAGACCUCGCUCGCUCAGUUUCACAAUGCGACCAAUCCUUUCUCUGCCCCAAUGCAGAACCCGGCAGAGGUGGUUAAGCAAGACGAGUGGCAACACAGGCCUUCGAGUCCUGACUAUUCGCCUGGGUUCAUGCCUGCUGACCACGGAGCUGGCACGUCAUUGGAAAUGACCUCAAACAUCCCCCCGUUGUCUCUGCAAGGCAACAAUUCCCUUCCAAAUUCUUCUUUCCCAUCUCCUGACUUCACACUCUCGUCCGAUGUUCCUCGCUCGAUCACGACGUCGUCCACGAAUGACCGUAAUUUCUCAAAUCCCUCCUACAAUCCGUCGGUGGAUCUUCCUCAGGGAUCGGUUGAGGAUGUGCCUUCACUAACCAGCAGUGCGUCGACAACGACGAACACACUCGGCCGGAUCUCCGGCACCUUCUUUAGCCGUCCUCGGUUGUCCACCGAUCGCUCAGCAUCAUUUUCCGCGGCUGUCCGCCGUCGCACCAGCCAGGCCAACAGUUCUAAAAGGUCUAGUCUUGCGAGUCUCUCGAAGCUGAUGGUUGGACCACACGCCGAACGGAGCAAGCUCAGCUAUGAAGAGAAGCCACCAGAAGAUGAGCCUGAGCGAGCCAAGAAGAAGGGCCUUCGGAUUAGUCGUCUGAUGCACUUUUGGAGAACCAAAGACAAGGACAAAUCCUAUCAUGAGCCUGGUGUUCGGGACCAGCGGCCCUCCUGAGCCAAUGCUGCUGAGCCAAUGCUGCUGAGGACAUGGCCUCCCACUGUACAUACAAACCCUGAUUAUGAUUCUCUUCGAUAUGGUCUUUGCAAGAUCUUUUUUGAGCUUUUAUUUCUCAUUA